UCUUAAUAGCUAUAGUCAGCGUGUGUUGAUAGGGACAGCCUAUGCUGAAUUGCUUUCUGAGGCAUUUUACUUCCAAGUAAAUGAAAAUGUAAGUGGCCCACACCUUCCCCCACCCACGUAUGUGCAGACCACGUCAGCAUCAGCUCUUGGCAGUGGCCGAGCCUUCUUGGUCUAUUUAGUGUGGAAUGGAAGCUGCAAAGUGAGAGGUGCCAGGAAAGCCCGGCAAAUAACAUUAGAAGGGGAUUUCUUAUUUCUGUGUUUCCAAAGGAGCAGCGCAUAAAGCCAAAGGAACAAGCCCGGAGAAAGCAGCUUCCUGGAAAAUAAACCCCACAUUAUUACUGACAUUAGGAGACAUUGAAUGCUCUGCUUUUCUUCAGUAAAGUGACACAGUCGAUAUCUGCAACUAUUGAUAUUAUCAAUCACAGCAGCACCCGUGGUUAAACAACCCGUAGCUUUGUUUGGAGAGCUGCGCAUUCCCGUUCAUUAUCGGUCUGGUCUGUCUUGGUGCUUGAGAUGAUUGCUCCAAGCAGAAGUUAAGUUCCUACAAUUUCCCAGGCUGAGUGGCAGGUAACCAUGGAGAACACAUCCAGCCGGGAUGGUGUGCCCAGAUCGUGCAAUGAUGCCACCACCUCGCCACCUUGUGAGGAGGAUGCCUUUACCGUCUCCAACGACAGCGGCGCCAAUUACACUAUAUUAGAGGGACCUCCAAACUUGUACUUCCUCCUGCCGGUUAUCUAUUCCGUUAUCUGUGCCGUAGGUCUCACAGGCAACACCGCCAUCAUAUAUGUGAUCUUAAAAGCCCCGAAGAUGAAGACGGUCACUAACAUGUUCAUCCUGAAUCUCGCCAUUGCUGACGACCUAUUCACCUUGGUAUUGCCCAUUAACAUCGCCGAACACCUGUUACAUUACUGGCCCUUUGGACAAGUCCUGUGCAAGGUCAUCCUCUCCAUAGACCACUACAACAUCUUUUCCAGCAUCUACUUCUUGACUGUGAUGAGCGCUGACAGGUAUCUGGUAGUUAUGGCUACUGUGCGCUCCAAGAGGAUGCCUCACCGUACGUACCGAGCGGCCAAAAUUGUCAGCCUCUGCGUCUGGCUGCUGGUCACUGUAAUUGUUUUACCCUUCACAGUCUUUGCAGAAGUCUAUACCAAUGGCAUGGACAUGAAGAGUUGCGGACUAAACUUCCCCAGACCCGAGAAGUUCUGGUUCAGGGCCAGUAGGAUAUAUACUCUUAUUCUAGCAUUUGCUAUUCCUGUUUCCACCAUCUGCAUUUUAUAUACUGUUAUGCUCUACAAACUGAGAAACAUGCGUCUCAACUCCAACGCCAAGGCACUGGACAAAGCCAAGAAGAAGGUGACAGUCAUGGUGUUUAUUGUUUUGGCUGUGUGUCUUUUGUGCUGGACCCCAUUCCACUUGGCUAACAUAGUGGCGUUGACUACUGACCUACCCCAGACUCCCCUGGUCAUUGGAAUCUCUUACUUCAUCACCAGCCUCAGUUAUGCAAACUCUUGUCUGAACCCUUUCCUCUACGCUUUCCUGGAUGACAACUUUAGGAAAAGUUUUCGCAAAAUGUUGGAGUGUCGAGCUACUUGAUAAACUUCGCUGCAAGUCAAGCUAAUCAGAUGAAAAGCAUCAGUCAGUACAUUUUCCCUGUUCCGCCAAAGUGACGUUUCAGUUUUAGAUUUAAUUCAGUGUUUCUGCAUCCAUUUAUCUGUGCACAUACAUAUUUAAGUGCACAAACAAUUAUAAAGGCUUUGAUGUUUUCACAAGAGCGAAAGGUUUGAAGACACACGCUAUCUUCUCUGCACAUUUUUUCUUUUGCUUAUUACAGCUCCUCUGUCGCCAUCUGUUGAACUCAACUAACAACAGAGCUGGUAAUAGUUGUGACCUGUUUUGAAGGUAGUAACACUGACACCUAGACAUUAGGACAGUCCUGUUCUGUUUGAUUUGUCAGGUGCAUUUCAAACCUGAAUUAGGGACCCAUACCUCACAUGGGGAGCCCUUGCUAAAGUGGGUUUAGUGCAUAACUCAUAUACAAGGCUACUUUCAUUGUUAGUGCUGUGAGACAAUUGUCAAAUGGGGUGUGACAGAUAGGAAAGUAUUUUGUGAUUUACUGAAGAUUAGGAUAAUGAGGCUGGUUGGAACAAUGGCAGUGCCUUUUCAUUUUUCUUGAGACUUCCACUCUAACCUAAUACCCCAUCAUAAUGUAAAAUAUCUAAAGCGCAUUGGAGGUUUCUGAAUGUUUUGUUAUUUGUUAGUUAGCUCUUCUCCCAUUUCUCCAUUUGCAUGACAUAAUAUGGAAGACAAAACUAAAGCAAUACAUUAGAAAGGGUACACAGAUAAAAGUACAACUACUAGCAAAUAUACCCAUCAUUUGAAAAUAUGCCUGCUACUUGCAAACAAAACGAGACAUACAUUUCCUUUAUAUUACACCAGAGAAGCACUGUGUGAAAAUGCAGUAUAAAUCACAACUAAGAUGAUAUAUGAAUCUCUAAAACAAGUAUAAGUAAGAAUAUGAGACUAGCAGGCAAAAUCAUCCCUCUUCUAGUCAUAUCAACCAGCACAUAUUCUUUUGCCUGCUAGGCUAUGAUACAUAAUUAAAGCAUGACACCUGCCCUGCACAGAAAAUCUUUCCAUGUUGUGAACUUUUCAAUCAAAUAACUAGUGACAGAAUUAAUUUUCUGCUCUGUAUACAAUGGUUUUCUUUGCAGAUCUAGAUACAUCUUUGAGAACUUUAUAUAUGCUUCUUCUUACCACAGAUAUACCCAUGGUCUAAAAUCAUGUAACACACUGUUAUGCACACCAGAAAGCAGUGUUUAGCAAAGUUUAUUCUCACACUGUUUUCAAAGAUGGCUAAUAAUCAUGGUAUGUGCCUGUAGGUCACACUUUUGCCUGGACAGCAUAUGGUGCCUAUAAAUGUUAAACUGAGCGUCAUGAAUUAUUUUGUGUAUACCUAUCUACAUUAAAGUGAAAUCCCUGGAGUGAGUUCUUCUGAAUGAAUACAGUUAGUAUUAGGAAAUUCUUAUUCUAAUACAUAACAUGUGCUGUGCUGUUUUUUUUUCUAAUUUAUCAGGCACAUUUAAAACAUAUGCUUCAAAAACAUGGAUAUUAUCAUUAGUCAAACACUGAUGGCAUUAAGACAUGAUGCCUAAAAUAUGUUUAUGGAGACGGCAGAAAUAAAUGCAUUUUAUCAGA